AGGGGCGGGGUUUCAUCCCGAGAGGUUCCGCCUUGGGUUCUGCGGAGGGUUUGGGGAAAUGAAAGUCACCAAGGACCCGGCCUGGUCCAACUCGUGAUCCGGCGCCUCGGGGUCCCAACACAGACUCCCCGACUCCAGCCCCAUGGCCACGCUGAGCCUGCUGCUCCUGGGCGCGCUGCUCUGGGUCCCAGCAGGGACCCUGACCUGCUACGGGGACUCGGGGCAGCCGGUGGACUGGUUCGUCGUCUACAAGCUGCCGGCCAGUAACAACUACAAGUACUUGGAUGCGGGCUCAGGGGGCUGGCGCAACGGUACGGGGUCCAUGGACAGCCUGAAGGGCGCCGUAGGCCGCAGCUUGCUGCCGCUGUACCGGAACACCAGCCAGCUUGCCUUCCUACUUUACAAUGACCAGCCACCUAAUAACUACGGGACUCAGAACUCUUCCAGCCGCGGGCACACGAAGGGUGCGCUGCUUCUGGACAAAGACGAGGGCUUCUGGCUGAUCCACAGCGUUCCAGGGUUCCCUCCACCCGCUGCAUACAGCUGGCCUCCUAAAGCCCACAGAUAUGGGCAGACCCUCCUCUGCGUGUCUUUUCCGUUCGACCAGUUCUCAAACAUUGGCAGACAGCUGCGCUACACCUACCCCAAUGUGUAUGCCCACCAGCUGGAAGGGCUCUUCCUCAAGAAGUUACCUGACCUGGGGGAGGUGGUCCAGGGCCACCAUGUUCUCGACGGACCCUGGAACAGCAGCGUGACACUCACAUCGAAGGCCGGGGCCACCUUCCAGAGCUUUGCCAAAUUUGGGAAAUUUGGAGAUGACCUAUACUCCGGCUGGUUAGCAGAAGCCCUUGGAAGCAAUCUGCAGGUCCAGUUCUGGCAACACUCUCCUGGCAUCCUGCCCUCCAACUGCUCUGGGGCCCAGCAAGUGCUGGAUGUGACUCAGGUAGCCUUCCCUGGACCAGCUGGGCCCACGUUCAAUACCUCAGACGACCACUCCAAGUGGUGUGUAGCCCCAGAAGGGCCCUGGGCCUGUGUGGGUGACAUGAAUCGGAACUGUGCAGAGGAGCACCGAGGUGGGGGCACACUGUGUACCAAGCUGCCUGCCUUCUGGAAAGCCUUCCAGCCUCUGGUGAAGGCCUGGGAACGUUGUAAGAGCAGAGCAGCACCUCAUCUGCAGAAAGCCCAGCGGAGCAUAUAGGAGCCCGUUUGGACUUCAGUUUAAAUCCCAGUUCCGUCCCUUAUUGUGUGACCUUAACUGUGUGCCUUAACCUGUGACUCAAUUUACUCAUCUGCAAAACGGGAACCAUAACACUUGACUCAAAAUUUAUGAGGAAUAAAAGGAAAGUGGUA